CGAUGACGUCAGACUUACACUGAAAUCUCGUUCAGUUCAGGAAGAUGCCUUCUUAUCGCGUGUUUCUCGUCGUGGCCCUGCAUUAUCAGCAGCUGCCGAGGAAAAGCAGCACAAUUUAAGUUUAGCAGACGUUCAUGAUGAGUUAUGCGGAAAAGCCCGAAGAUAUUACGAAAGACGAGUGGAUGGACAAGCUGAACAACGUGCACAUACAGAGAGCGGAUAUGAACCGACUCAUCAUGAAUUACCUGGUGACAGAGGGCUUUAAGGAAGCGGCGGAGAAGUUCCGCAUGGAGUCGGGCAUCGAGCCCAGCGUGGACCUGGACUCGCUGGACGAGCGGAUAAAGAUCCGGGAGAUGAUCCUGAAGGGGCAGAUCCAGGAGGCCAUCGCCCUCAUCAACAGCCUCCACCCGGAGCUGCUGGACACCAACCGCUACCUGUACUUCCACCUGCAGCAGCAGCACCUGAUCGAGCUGAUCCGGCUGCGGGAGACGGAGGCGGCGCUGGAGUUUGCGCAGACUCAGCUGGCGGAGCAGGGGGAGGAGAGCCGCGAGUGCCUGACGGAGAUGGAGCGCACGCUGGCCCUGCUGGCCUUCGACAACCCCGAGGACUCGCCCUUCGGAGACCUGCUCAACAUGAUGCAGCGGCAGAAGGUGUGGAGCGAGGUGAACCAGGCUGUGCUGGACUAUGAGAACAGAGAGUCCACCCCCAAACUGGCCAAGCUGCUGAAACUUUUACUGUGGGCACAGAACGAAUUGGACCAGAAGAAAGUCAAAUACCCCAAAAUGACCGACCUCAGUAAGGGUACGAUUGAGGACUCCAAGUAAACGCCUGGCUCUCUUGUGCACUGUGGAGACACCAAGGACUUCUCAACGCUGUCUUUCUAUUUAUGAUCGGUCAUUGACUGGACUAUAUAUAUAAAUAUAUUAUUUCUUUUUCUUGUCCUUUUUUCAGAUGAGAACUUACCUAAUCUGUUGUGCAAAACUGUAUACUGUAUAAUUUUAAGUGAUGACCUAGAUUUAAAAAGAAAAAAGGUGACAAAAAUAACAAGUACUUUGAGACAUGGAAAGGAAACAUCUUUACAAAUUAUGUAAGGAAACCUAUUUUCUUUACCAGGUUGGUCAAUAGUAUUAAUCUUUUUUCCCUCUUUGAUGUAGUGUUGCCUUUUUAAAAACAUAAUUACACCGCUUGAUUUAAAAGCCACUACAUUUUUACAUGGAGUGUACGGGUUGGUGAGUCUGCAUGUAUAUAUAAUAUGGAGUAUUUGAAGCCUAAAUUAGGCUCUUUGGUAAGGGAUGGCGGGGUAGAUUCACGAAACUAAUUUAAGACAGGCUAACUUUUGAAUACAUUUUGUGGAAAAAUUGCCGGUUCUAAAUUGCAGGUCUUGCUUCUCAUUUGAAUUCAGUGGCUUUUAAUCACCACCUGAAGAUGUGAAUCAUUAUCACAUCGCAGUUCAUGAGAGGGCUGUGAAUAACUCGGAAGGAAGGAGACGGGGAAGAGAAGAUCGUUUUCAAACAAACGCUGAGCCAUUCUGUCAUAGCUUCAGGAAUCUACCUCGUUAUGUCUUUUAUGGUUCUAAUAUUCAGCCUCGUGUGGCUGGUCAGGUUGUCUUUUUGUAAUACACGAUGGGCUGUUGGCUUUUGACCUGGCUGCUAGGUGAAGACAGGCAAAGGGACAUGAGUGCUUUAAAGGUUGGGACAGAGGAGAGAGAUCCAGAUCCAUUUGUUCAAACUGGAAUUCUUUCAUUAAUAAUUUUGGUCUCGUUUUUUUUUUUUUUUUUUUUUUUUUUUCUUCGUUAUGGCCGCUAGGUGACUGUUUAUACUGUGUACAUGUGCAAAAAUUGUUAAUGCAUUGCAAUAUUAUUAGGAUUUUUAUUUUAUAUAUUUUUAAUCUAGUGCAAGUUUUUCCAUUUCAUGCUACAAUGUUUACCAGACAAAUAAUGUGAUCAGAGAGCCUGCAUUCUCCAUCCAUGUUAGUAAUAACGUUUUUUUUUUUCAGUCAGAUUUACAGAUAUAAAAUAAAUGAUUCUUUUGAAAAAA